AACUACAUUUCCCGGCACGCCGCGCGCCGGCGACCCGCUUCCGGAGUGCGCGGAAGACAUGGCGGCGCCCGACGAGCACGAUUCUCCGACCGAAGCGCCUCAGCCGGCGGUGCAAGAGGAGGAAACUAAAACUUUUAAAGAUCUGGGUGUGACAGAUGUGUUGUGUGAAGCUUGUGACCAGUUGGGAUGGACAAAGCCCACAAAGAUCCAGAUUGAAGCUAUUCCUUUGGCCUUACAAGGUCGUGAUAUCAUCGGGCUGGCAGAAACUGGCUCUGGAAAAACGGGUGCCUUCGCUUUGCCCAUUCUGAAUGCACUGUUGGAGACGCCCCAGCGAUUGUUUGCCUUAGUUCUCACGCCCACUCGGGAGUUGGCCUUUCAGAUCUCAGAGCAGUUUGAAGCCCUGGGGUCUUCCAUUGGUGUGCAAAGCGCUGUGAUUGUAGGUGGAAUCGAUUCAAUGUCCCAGUCUCUGGCCCUGGCGAAAAAACCACAUGUAAUAAUAGCGACUCCUGGUCGACUGAUAGACCACUUGGAAAAUACAAAAGGUUUCAACUUAAGAGCCCUCAAAUACUUGGUUAUGGAUGAGGCAGACCGAAUAUUGAAUAUGGAUUUUGAGACAGAGGUUGACAAGAUCCUCAAAGUGAUUCCCCGAGAUCGGAAAACGUUUCUCUUCUCGGCCACCAUGACCAAGAAGGUGCAAAAACUUCAGCGAGCAGCACUGAAGAAUCCUGUGAAAUGUGCUGUUUCCUCCAAAUACCAGACAGUUGAGAAAUUACAGCAAUAUUACGUUUUUAUUCCUUCUAAAUUCAAGGAUACCUACCUGGUUUACAUUCUAAAUGAACUGGCUGGAAACUCCUUUAUGAUAUUCUGCAGCACCUGUAACAAUACUCAGAGAACAGCUUUGCUGCUUCGAAAUCUUGGAUUCACUGCUAUCCCCCUCCAUGGACAGAUGAGUCAGAGCAAACGCUUAGGAUCUCUUAAUAAGUUUAAGGCAAAGGCUCGUUCUAUUCUUCUAGCAACUGAUGUUGCAAGCCGAGGUUUGGACAUACCUCAUGUGGAUGUAGUUGUUAACUUUGACAUUCCUACCCAUUCCAAGGAUUAUAUCCAUCGAGUAGGUCGAACCGCUCGAGCUGGGCGUUCUGGAAAGGCUAUCACCUUUGUCACACAGUAUGAUGUAGAACUCUUCCAGCGCAUAGAACACUUAAUUGGGAAGAAACUGCCUGUCUUUCCAACACAGGAUGAUGAGGUUAUGAUGCUGACAGAGCGUGUCACUGAAGCCCAAAGAUUUGCCCGAAUGGAGUUAAGGGAGCAUGGAGAAAAGAAGAAACGCGUGCGGGAGGACACUGGGGACAAUGACGACACGGAGGGUGCUAUGGGUGUCAGGAACAAGGUCGCUGGAGGAAAAAUGAAGAAACGGAAAGGCCGUUAAUUUCUUUUAUAAAGACUUGAUUUCAGCCUUUUGUUUCGUAUAAGGGGAUUGUAGAAGAGGAUGAAGCCCCCUCCAGCACAGUUCCUCAGACCGAAAUCUGUCACAGUGAUGUCGAGAACCUGCUCAUCUACUUGAGCACUCGCUUUCCUUCCAUAGGGUGCCAUUACCGCACACCGGUUUUUACAGUGCUCGUGUCAGCUUUGGUUUCUUGGUCACGAGAUGAGUAGGAUGUGUUCUUUUAUCACUUCACACAGACCUUUUGCUUUUUCAGCUGCAAGUCAAGGACUAGGUUGAUGGAGCCCUGGACCUGUAUUUGUAAAGGGAAGAAGCUUGUAUUUGUAAAACUGGUGAUACUUAAGCAGUCUUAGCUUGUGCUUCAUUAGACCAAAUGUGGACUAAUAAAUUUACCUACUUUAAAAGA